GCUUGAUGAUCAUAACAUUGAACUGGAUAAGAAGUGUUUCAAUAGGAAAACAACUUAUACGUCUUUUACUGUCUAUACUUUGUCUAGUUUAUUGGCCUGUCUCUAGUCUUCUAGGACUAGCUUAGCUUGCGGCUAACUAUCUUUACAAAAUGUAAAAGCUACAGUACCAAGCUGCAAAAUGAUAUUUCUCUGCAUAAUUAUAUUUUUUGACGGCAAACCUGUCAAAAAUAAUAAGCAGCUGAUGGAUUACCUUGUUUAGUAUUACUUUAGUUAGCAAAUGUGGUUUUCAUCUAGUACUAGCGGUCUGUACUUUAGCAUUCGUAAAUGAUUGCCAAUGCACGGUUAUGCACAUUGAUUACUAGCUAUUAUAUCCCCAAGCACAGGCCCAAACUAUAUUGCUAGGAAACAACCUUUUUAAUUUAUCACAAUUAUUCAGAAAAUGAGAUUGUUUCGACUAUUGGCUUGCUAGCUAGAUAUAUGGUUUAGGCCUAUGCUCGGGGCUAGCUUGCUGUUAAUGUGCAUAACCAUGAAGUGACAGCCCGGAGGUAAGUAUAGACAGAUUUGUACUAGUUACGCCAAUGCACGGAACACUUGCUGUACGUCGCCGGUUUUAGCCGCACGUGUGCCGAGUUUACCCUGUAUCCGUAAGCGAUUGUGGGAAAGUAUGGUUGUUGUAUCACAGCGGCAGUGCCUAAGCUAUUAUUACAUUCAGUAUUUUGAUCCUCUCCCUACCACGUCCAAGCUAAAGAUGCAUAUCAAUAUGCCCUGUCCGUCUAUGCUUAAGAAUUUAGUGAAUACUUUUGAAUGGGGGUAUCGGAGUCAACGGCCCAUUUUGUGAAAAAAAGUUUCGCAAUGGUUAUAGUUUGCACUAAUUUAUUAUCUGAUUUUGAGAGAAAACGUUGUCGCUGUAAUAUGCUUAUUCAUGCAUUAUUCCUGCUCCUUGGUGCUUGAUUUGUAGGCUAAGAAUGGGCUUUAGAUCUUACCUUGCAAUUAGAUAAUAUGCAGCAAACCCAGAUAUGACAUAUUACUUAUGUAAACUGUUUACCAACACAAUUAGAGCAGGAACAGUGUUGUCAUACCUUUCAUUGAAUCCUGAUUGGCUAAUAACCAUCGUAAAUGACACAGUAUACCAUGGGUAUGAACACAUCUUACUGCUCUAAUUAUGUUACCACAGCAAUUCAGGAUUCAAAGCAUCCGGGAAUAUUUACCUAACUAUAAUGGUGUUGCUAUGGAAAGUGUUGCUAUGGAAUGCCCCUAGUGAAUAUUGCCCAUAGUAUGCCCAUAGUAGUGAGUACAUUCACCUAGCUAGAAGCCAUAUGGUCUCACUUAAAGUUCACAAAGUCACCAUUAAAUGAAAUCCAUAAACAUAGUUUACCAGGAAUGGAUUGGUAGUUAUUUGCUACUGUUCAUCUGUUUAUAACAUUUGUCAAUCAACAGACUGAAAGAUGAGUGAUCAAGUGUUCCAGCUCUCCACAGCCUUCCACCACGAGGACAUGCUUCAGUCACUGCACCAGCUCAGACUGCACGGCCAACUGUGUGACGUCACAGUCCAAGUGGACUACCAGGGUGAGCUGGAAGAGUUCGAGGCUCACCAGGUAGUCCUAGCUGCCUCCAGCGGCUACUUCAAGGACAUCCUGCUGGCCCCAGACCCACCCAAGAAACUGUUCCUGGGGAAUAUUCGAACCUCAGAUUUCAACAGGUUCCUAGAAUAUGUUUACACUGGCAAAUUGGAGGUUGAUAAAGAGUUUGCUAAAGACAAGGUUAGUGUAAUACGUGAAGUGGCGACACUGUUGCAGUGUAAUAGCCUUGUUAAGGCCUGCUGUUCGGUUCUCGAUGAAGGCAGCUUGAAUCUGCAUGGGGGUAAGACUUUGUCACAAGACACAGAGGCUGAUUUAGAUAAUUUGGAGGAGGAGAAGUGGGGCACUCUGGGAAUCGGAGUAAACCACGUACCCAAAAUGGCCUCCAAUAAGAGGUUGAUGUCUGAAACAAGACCAGAGAGAGGAGAGAGGAGUCUGAAAAGGGCAAAGUUUACAGUUGAGGAGAGGUCAGAGGCGAAAAAAGAAGCUGAGGUCUCUGGGAGGCGGAGUAACCGGCUGGCAGGCCGCAGAGUCUUUGUCGACAUUCCUAAAAAGAAGUAUGUGAGGAAGCUGAAGGACCAGACCAGGACGGAGGAUAUGCAUGAAAACAACCCUAAGACCAAGAGGACCAGUCAGGAUGAGGACACGGACAACACAAAGGAUGCCGGAGAGGCCCUAAAGUCAGCUCCUGAAAAAGAAGGGGUGGGGCUGGAGUCAACAGAUGAAACCGAAGACGAGGAUGAAGAUGUAUCCAUGGAUUGUCCCGGUGACUCCCCCUUCUUCCCGAGCAAAGAAGAAGAAGAGGAGGAGGUGUAUGAGGAGGGAGAAGGUGCCACCAAUAGAUCCUCCAGACACAUUGACACCCAAUACAAGUGUGACAAGUGCAAACGAACCUUCCACUAUGAGAAGAGCUACAUGAAGCACAUCAAGACAAGUCACGGAAUGGAAGGGGAGGUGACGUACAUAUGUGAGACCUGCCAGCAGACGUUCGCCAACCGCUGCAACCUGAAGAUCCAUCAGAAACAUGUCCACAGCGAUGAGAGACUGUUCCCUUGUGACGUUUGCACUAAGAGCUUCAAACGCAAGAAAGAUGUGACACGCCACAGACGCCAGGUGCACGAGGGAGGUGGCGAGCGACACACCUGUCUGGUGUGCGGUAAGGCUCUGAGCUCCAAGACCGCGUUGACGCUACAUGAGAGAACACACACGGGAGACAAGCCCUACUCGUGCACCGAUUGUGACGCUAAGUUCUCCCAGAGUUCAGCCCUCAAAACACACCGCAGGACUCACACCGGAGAGAAGCCUUUUGCCUGUGACCAGUGUGAUGCGAGGUUCACUCAAAACCACAUGCUGUCCUAUCACAAACGGGCCCACACUGGAGAGAAGCCUUUUAUGUGUGAGAGUUGUGGGAAAAGUUUCGCCUCCAAAGAAUACCUGAAACACCAUUCCAGAAUCCACACAGGCUCUAGGCCUUACAAGUGUGAACUCUGUGAACGAGCCUUCGCCCAGAGAAACUCCCUCCAUCAACAUAUGAAGAUACACACAGGUGAGCGUCCGUACCACUGUACAGACUGUGAAAAGCAGUUCACCCAGCUGAAUGCCCUCCAGAGGCACAAGAGGAUUCACACCGGGGAGAAACCCUACAUGUGUGGCCUCUGCAACCGGACCUUUACAGACAAGUCCACCGUACGACGACACACAGCCACUCAUGACCAAAACACUCCAUGGAAGAACUACCUGGUGGUCCUGAAAGACAACAUGGAACUAAAGACUAAGAAACCCAGAGGCAGUAGUAAGGUUAAAAAAGAAACGUCAGCCGUGGUUGGGGAGGAAGAUACUGGAGCUGGAGCCAGGCUCCAGGAGGGGGCCGUGUUGGUACCUGGUGAGCCCAUCACACUGUCAGCCAACUGGGGUGACCCUGGGACCAUCGCCCUGGUCAGCCACCCCACACUGGGCGAGUUCACAGUCAUCCAGACAGAGAUGUCGUCAGGGACACAACUGCCCAUUGUCACCACAGGGGCCGAUGUCAUAUCUCUGGACGGCUCCACCGUCUCCGUUCCCUUCUCCAUCCCAGUCUCGAUGUCCUCCUCCGGCACUCUCCCUGUCCAGACAGUGUCCCUCUCAGUCCCCGUCUCAGGGGCCAUGUUUUCCCAAGUUUCUGUUUCAGGGACAUCCACAAUUUCGACUUCAUCCGUGUUGGAAACUGCGGUGUCGCAGACCAUCUUGGCUCCAGAUUCGGAAGCUGUGCCAGGUUCAGAUUUGACUGCAAUUACAGAUCCCGAAGAGGCAGUUUCAGAGUGUGGCCCUUUCUCCGAUCAGGACUGUGUUACUGUGCAAACAUCUGAAUUGGAGACAGAGGCACUGACAGUGUCUCCAGCUGAUUCUAAGGAGGACCAAGACAAUGUAACAGAAGACAUUGUCAGUGUUGAACACGUUGAGGUGUCCACUGAAGAUAAUGCGGUCUAGGUAGAUGUAUUUGAAUGUAUAUCAGCAAUUUUUUCAUAUUAUGUUUUCAAUCCUAACUAACUUUUGAAACCAAGGUAUUAAAUCUGAUCUUGGCACUGCAGCUUUUAUCUUCCUGCAAUUGAGUGCUUUUGUCUGCAACAAAAAAAUAUUGAUUACAUUUUCUAACCACACAUUUCAUCCUGCUUAGUAAACAAUGUGUUCCUUUGUUUGACCGGAAAUUGAGUGAACAUGAACUGCACAAUGAAAAGUAAGUCAUUUCUGGUUGGGCCAAAAUUCGGUGUGAAAUUGCAAUCAUUCUGCAAUGCUGACUACACCUAAAUAGGCUUCAUUGAUGAUUUAUUUUGUGUAAUGUUUAAUUGAAAAUGGUUCUUCAUGAAGCUACACUGAUCACUAAUCCAAAUAAAAUAUACUGAGUUUAAUAAUGUCCAGAUGUU